GGAAGACCCGGGCGGCUGCGCCCCUGUCUCGCUUCCCAGGCGCCGGCGGCGGCGGCAGCGGCGGCUGCAGCCUAGCCCCUUUUCCUCUUAUUGAAGAUGGAGAAGAUGCUGGUGGGCUGCUUUCUGCUGCUCUUCGGACCGACCCUCCUCCUCCUCCCCGCUGAGGCCAGGGAGCGGCGGCCUCCUCCCAGGUCCAUCUCCAGAGGGAGACAGGCUCGGACCCACCCUCAGACGGCCCUCCUGGAGAGCACCUGUGAGAACAAGCGAGCGGAUGUGGUCUUUAUCAUUGACAGCUCGCGCAGCGUCAACACCCACGACUACGCAAAGGUCAAGGAGUUCAUUGUGGACAUCUUGCAGUUCUUGGACAUUGGCCCUGAUGUCACCCGUGUGGGCCUACUCCAGUAUGGCAGCACGGUAAAGAACGAGUUCUCCCUCAAGACCUUUAAGAGGAAGUCCGAGGUGGAGCGUGCCGUCAAGAGGAUGCGGCACCUGUCCACGGGCACCAUGACAGGGCUGGCCAUCCAGUACGCCCUGAACAUCGCCUUCUCGGAAGCAGAGGGGGCCCGGCCCCUGAGGGAGAACGUGCCUCGGGUCAUAAUGAUCGUGACCGAUGGGAGGCCCCAGGACUCGGUGGCCGAGGUGGCUGCAAAGGCCCGGGACACAGGCAUCCUGAUCUUUGCCAUCGGUGUGGGCCAGGUGGACUUCAACACGCUGAAGGCCAUUGGGAGCGAGCCCCAUGAGGACCACGUCUUCCUGGUGGCCAACUUCAGCCAGAUUGAGACGCUGACCUCAGUGUUCCAGAAGAAGUUGUGCACGGUCCACAUGUGCAGCAUCCUGGAGCAUAACUGCGCCCACUUCUGCAUCAACACGCCGGGCUCAUACAUCUGCAGGUGCAAGCAAGGCUACAUCCUCAACUCGGAUGAGAAGACCUGCAGAAUCCAGGAUCUGUGUGCAGCGGACGACCACGGCUGUGAGCAGCUCUGCGUGAACCUGCUGGGCUCCUUCGUCUGCCAGUGCUACAGUGGCUACGCCCUGGCCGGGGAUGGAAGACGGUGUGAGCCUGUGGACUACUGCGCCUCAGAAAACCACGGAUGUGAACACGAGUGUGUAAAUGCCGACGGCUCCUACCUUUGCCGGUGCCCGAAAGGAUUUGCUCUUAACCCAGAUAAGAAAACGUGCGCAAAGAUAGACUACUGUGCUUCACCUAACCAUGGAUGCCAGCACGAGUGUGUUAACACAGAUGAUUCCUAUGCCUGCCGCUGCCUGAAAGGCUUUACCCUGAAUCCCGAUCAGAAGACCUGCAGAAGGAUCAACUACUGCGCACUGAACAAGCCAGGCUGUGAGCACGAAUGCAUCAACACGGAGGAGGGCUACUACUGCCGCUGCCGCCGGGGCUACACCCUGGACCCCAACGGCAAGACCUGCAGCCGGGUGGAUCACUGCGCCGAGCAGGACCACGGCUGUGAGCAGCUGUGUCUCAACACGGGGGACUCGUUCGUGUGCCAGUGUUCGGAAGGCUUCCUCAUCAACGACGACCUCAAGACCUGCUCACGAGUGGAUUACUGCUUGCUCAGCCACCACGGUUGCGAGUACUCCUGCGUCAACACGGACAGAUCCUUCGUCUGCGAGUGUCCCGAGGGACACAUGCUCCGCAGUGACGGCAAGACCUGUGCCAAACUGGACGCUUGUGCUUUGGGCAAGCAUGGUUGUGAGCAUUCAUGUGUAAGCAGUGGAGACUCUUUCGUGUGCCGAUGCUUUGAAGGGUAUAUACUCCGUGAAGAUGGGAAGACCUGCAGAAGGAAAGAUGUCUGCCAAGCAGUGGACCACGGCUGUGAGCACGCUUGUGUGAGCACUGGGGAGUCGUACGUCUGCAAGUGCAUGGAGGGAUUCCGGCUGGCUGAGGACGGGAAACGCUGCCGAAGGAAGGAUGUUUGCAAAUCGACCCACCAUGGCUGUGAACACAUUUGUGUUAACCGUGGCAAUUCCUACAUCUGCAAAUGCUCAAAGGGAUUUAUUCUAGCUGAGGAUGGAAGACGGUGCAAAAGAUGCACUGAAGGCCCAGUUGACUUGGUUUUUGUGAUCGAUGGGUCCAAGAGCCUUGGAGAAGAUAAUUUUGAGAUUGUCAAGCAGUUUGUCACUGGAAUUAUAGAUUCCUUGGCGAUUUCUCCCAAAGCUGCUCGAGUAGGGCUGCUCCAGUAUUCCACGCUGGUCCGCACAGAGUUUACCCUGAGAAACUUCAGCUCGGCCAAAGACAUGAAAAAAGCCGUGGCCCACAUGAAAUACAUGGGCAAGGGCUCUAUGACCGGGCUGGCCCUGAAGCAUAUGUUUGAGAGAAGUUUUACCCAAGUAGAAGGGGCCCGGCCUCUCUUUGCACGGGUGCCCAGAGUGGCCAUCGUCUUCACGGACGGACGGGCUCAGGACGACGUCUCCGAGUGGGCCAGUAAAGCCCAGACCAGUGGUAUAACUAUGUAUGCUGUGGGGGUAGGGAAAGCCAUUGAGGAAGAGCUGCAAGAGAUCGCCUCUGAGCCCACAGAAAAACAUCUCUUCUAUGCGGAAGACUUCAGCACAAUGGGAGAGAUAAGUGAUAAACUGCAGAAAGGCAUCUGCGAAGCUCUGGAAGACUUUGAUGGAAGACAGGACUCCCCAGCAGGGGAACUGCCAAACAGGGUCCACCAGCCAACAGAAUCUGAGCCAGUCACCAUAAAUAUCCGAGACCUACUUUCCUGUUCUAAUUUUGCAGUGCAACACAGAUAUCUGUUUGAAGACGACAAUCUUGCACGGUCUACACAAAAAGUUUUCCAUUCAACAAAAUCCUCAGGAAGUCCUUUGGAAGAAAAACAGGAUCAAUGCAAAUGUGAAAACCUUAUAAUGUUCCAGAACCUUGCAAAUGAAGAAGUAAGAAAAUUAACGCAGCGCUUAGAAGAAAUGACACAGAGAAUGGAAGCCCUGGAAAAUCGCCUGCGAUACAGAUGAAGAUUCAAAAUGCU